AUGGUCACGUGGCGUGGCGAAAUGAAGAAGAGUAAUCGCAGACGGGUUAGCAAGCGUCGUGCUGGCAAUAAUGUAGGCAACAACAACAAAGCGCUCAAUAUGGACGACACGUCGACAAUUACCGUUGGCAGCGGGUACAACAGCAACAUCAAUAGCAAUAGCAAUAACCGUAACUUUGGCAGUCAAACCGGUCGUGCCAUUAUCUCCGUUGCAACAACAAUCGCCUCCACAUCCGCUUCAAUGGCCAUGGCCAAUAUACCCACCAAUCUAUUAUUACCGCCCAGCAGCAGCAGCAGCAGCAGCAUAUCCACCACCUCCGGCAGCGGCAACCUUAUGACCACCGACAUCUUUGACAGUCACAUAAAUAGCAGCAACAGCAACAAUAAUUGGUCAAUGGAUGGCGUUAGUUGGACAACUUUGAAUCAAUCUUCAGCGACAACGGAGAAAGUGGAUUUAAUUGAAAUGGAUUUGGCAAAUGAAACGUUUAGGCUGCUCUUCGUACCAAAGGCGGCAAUUUUGCUUGUUCUCAUACCUAUUGAGCCAGAAAUGGACCUCAAUGUAGAAGAGAAUCUUCUUGGAACUUUUCAAGAAUGGAUAGAUCGAAGUUGCCGUCUUUAUGGCUUCGUUGGUGGCCUGAGUGGCACUGCAUCCAUAGGAACACUGACUGCCAUAGCGCUGGAUCGCUAUAACGUUGUUGUACACCCGCUCGAUCCAUUGCGAAAGACAGCCAAGCUCCGAUCCGCGUAUAUCAUAACAAUAAUUUGGAUUUACAGUUUCGCUUUCUCCAUUGUGCCAGCGCUGGAUAUUGGACUUUCCGUAUAUGUGCCCGAAGGUUUCCUCACCACCUGCAGUUUCGAUUAUCUCGACAAGGAACUGGGACCGCGCAUAUUUAUGUUCUCGUUUUUCAUCGCCGCGUGGUGUGUGCCCUUCGGCAUCAUUUGUUUUUCAUAUUUCUAUAUUUUGAAAGUCGUAUUUGCCGCCAAUCGCAUACAAUCGAGCAAAGAUAAAAAUAAGACUGAACAAAAGUUGGCGCUCAUCGUGGUGGGCAUCAUCGGUUUGUGGUUUCUAGCGUGGACGCCGUACUCCAUUGUCGCAAUGAUGGGCGUUUUUGGUAAACAGAAAUAUCUAACGCCGCUCAGUUCCAUGAUACCGGCGCUCUUCUGUAAGACAGCCGCCUGCAUAGAUCCAUAUUUCUAUGCGGCGACACAUCCACGCUUCCGCAUGGAAUUCCGACGCCUAUGGCUGGGACGUGGUCAUUUGCGUCGAACCUCAACGACACGCUCAUCAUAUCUGACACGUUCAUCGACGCGUCGUCUGCGUGUUAUUAGCGAUGCGGACGUGCGAAAUCGUAGUAGUGAAAAUAUGAAAAAGCAAAAUAAUUUACAAGCUCUGCAGGAGGUAACGGAGGAGAAUGAUGAGGUCUAUGACUUUUCAAUACCGGCUAAUUAUAGUGAUGGCGUGGAGCAGAGCCGAUUUUAAGAUCACGCUGAAGGGGCAAAAAAGGCGAGAA